CUCUCUCUCUCUCUCUCUGUGUGCAUAUAUUCGUCUGAGAAGCAGAAGUUGUUCCCUACUGCAACACUCUCUCUCUCUCUCUCUCUCCAACUUUCCAUAAAACCCCACCACCCCUCGAAACCAUUGGAUACAUAAAUUCUCUGUUACCGAUCGAACAUACUUGGUUUCAGCCAAGGAGAUAGCUAGCCAGUUUGAUCCUGACUCCAUGCCAUCUGACUGCGCCGACCGGCAGAGACCCGCGAGGCAGCACGGCCAGCAGGCUGCGGCCGGGGCUCCUUACCCGCCGCCGGAGCAGCAGGAGCAGCUGCCCUGUCCCCGCUGCGACUCCACCAACACCAAAUUCUGCUACUACAACAACUACAACUUCUCCCAGCCCCGCCACUUCUGCAAGUCCUGCCGCCGCUACUGGACCCGCGGCGGCACCCUCCGCGACAUCCCCGUCGGCGGUGGCACCCGCAAGAACUCUAAGCGCUCCCGCACCACCUCCGCUGCGACCGCGUCUGCCGCCCCUGUCCUGCCGCCGCUCGAUGGGUCAGUUGCAAUCCAUGGUUCCGUACAGAGCGGUGAGGCAAUGAGGCCCGCCGGCGGGAGCUUCACUUCCCUGCUGACCACUCAGGGACCGGCGGCCGGUUUCCUGGCGCUGGGCGGACUCGGCCUUGGCCUCGAAGAUCACAUGGCCUUUGGGCUCGGGAGAGGGGCCACCUGGGCCUAUCCUGGGGUCGCGGAUGGUGGCAGUGCCAUUGCCGGGAGUGACCAUGCCGGGGUGGCAUUUGGAAUGGCCGGCAGCACGUGGCAGCUCGACAGCGGCGUCGAGGUUGGAGGAGAUUGCUUCUCUUGGCCUGAAUUGGCUAUCUCCACUCCCGGAAAUGGGGCUUAAUUAAAAUGUGAUUUGCUCCUUCCUUUCUUUCUUUCUUUUCUCUUUUUUCUUUUCUUUUCUUUUUUUUUUGGGGGUUUUUUUUUUCGGUUGGUGGAAAGUUUGUCAGUUGGGUGUUGUCAGUGCACUGUGUGAAGACUGAAGAGUAUGGACUUUUUGAUUCCAUCUUUGUAAUUUGAUCACCAUCAACACAAGCAUGAUGAUCACUUCUGGGUUGACGAAGAGAGAGACUUUCAUGGAAAAUUAUAAUGACCUACAA